AUGCAGAGUUAUCAAGAUUGUAAAAAUGCAAAACGGCAGAAUGACCAAGCCGCCAAACUAAACGUUCGAAUGGAAACGUCCUCUUCUCAGGAGGCUAGUGCGAGUAACCCUCCGUUUGAGGGAAGCAGGAAGAUAGCGCGACGUCCGCAGCGCGUCGCUCGGUGCACACCCAACGGGAUAUGUAUCCUCGGUUGA